CUGUGUAGUAGUUACCCGGCGGGAGUGGCAGUGGCGGCUGCUCCACCACCACCACUCCUCGUCGCCCUCACCACCACCACCACCUCCACAUCCUCAUCCUCCACUCCAUCCAUCAUCACGUCCACCUCACUACCAUCAUCGCCACGAACCAUUACCAUACACUGCCACACGCAUACAUUACUGCCACUACUAAUACUAAUACUACGACCACAGCCACCACCACUACCACCUCCACAUCUUCAUCCUCCACUCCAUACAGCAUAACCUUCAAGAAACGAACAUUAUCAUACACCGCCGGCGCACGCAUACACUACUACUACUACUAUACUAUUACGCCUACUACGGCCACCACCACCACCACCACCUCCACCAGUCAUCACGGCCCACACCGCCGCCGUCACCACCAUCACCACCACCCAUAACAUCAUCAAAACCUCUACUAUUACUACGUCCUCGUCCUCCUCCUCUAGAAGCUCAGCGCUGCGGUAGGAUAAAGCUCCGCCAGCCUCCUCCUCCUCCUCCUUUUCCUCCUACUACUAACAGGUCGGGCGCGGACAAGCCGAGGGAGCCAAGGUGGCGAGGGGAGCGUGCUGAUGCGACGCACGGCAUCAUUGGACACCAUCUACCUCAAGGGACAGUGGCCCAAGGAUGAUCAGCCCUUCACACACCUACUUCAUGUAGACAAGGCCUCUCAGACCCCAGAAGAGUGGGCCUCAAGCUGUUACGGGGGGGUGAGCCUUGGCUGGGCCCUCUGUGAAGAACCUUAUCAGAGCAGCAGCAAUAGUAGUAGUAACAACAGUAGCAACAGCGGCAGCAGAAGACCAUCAGUGUCUAUGGUUCCCUCUCCCUGGUUAGGGGCAAGUAGCCACCAGACGCCCACUCCAUCUGGAGAACAAAUCGAUAAAUUCAUUCGCCACCGACUUCAACGAACUAACAAAGAAGGGACAAGUGGUAGUGGUCUCCGCUACAGUCCCGUACACGCUGAUCACUCCGUCCUUGCUCCAGCACCACUUCACGUGAGAUCCCAUGCCUUCCAACAUGCAAAUGGUGGGUCCCGUGCCAUCCCCAUCCCUCAGAUCCCUAAACCACUGCUUCCUCCCCGACUGCGCAGCUCAGUGGAGGGUCUUAAUCAAGAAAUUGAACGCCUCGUUUUGCGACCAUCACAUACUCUGGGGGAUGACAUAGAUGAUGUGGUCUGCGGAACAAUUUUUCAGUGGGGUGAAGUAGCGCGCGACGGCCGGAGAGCGCCCAUUGCCGAGUACCUGAAGUUUACAAGGAGCAUUGACACUCAGACACCUGCCAGAGGGUCAGCAGUGUCAGCUACCAGUUCAGACCACACAUCCCCCUCCCUGUCCCCACCCACCUCCCCACCACACAGCCAGGAUGCUGCCAUGCCAUCCUCCACUCCAAGCCCUAAUAGUGCACAAACAUUGGCAACUUCCCCUCACAUUAACAAGUUCCUGGCCAGGGAGCCCCCAGACGGCUGUGAGAGAGUGGCUCUCAAACUUCAUGAAGACAGGUCAGGGGUAACAAAAACAGGAGAGUGGCCAGCUGUCAGGCCCCCAGGUGGCUUUACACUGCGGCCCAGCCAAGGAUCAGCCUUCUGUGCCCCGGAAAGGAUAGGAGCAGAGGAGGAGUUAGGCGCUGCUGCUGCUGCUGCCCUCCAUGAGUGUCAGCAUCAAACUGAUCCUGAAAGUGUAUAUUGUCCUGCUUGUGCGGGUUGUCCCGGUGUUUCUCCCGACAGGGAGAGUCCAGACCCAGAGCUGGUACAAUAUAUGCCCCAGGCUUGCCAGACCUCCCCAACCCACCCAGUCACAUGUGAUGUGGGUGUGACCACGAUGGUGCCCGGCCCUACCAGCACAAGUAUAGGGCCGGCCCCAGAACUCACAGCAGAUCAAUAGCGAAGGCCAUGUUAUAGCACAUCUUACAAUUAUUUUUGUCAUCUUGCAGUUAACAGUUAUCCUCAAAGUGGUUCAGACAUUGUGGUUCUUAAUAGACAUUAUAGUGAUUCAUGAAUAUGCUUACUGAGUAUUAUUUGAUAUGUAUUAAUGUACACAAUGUAUUAACUUUCAACGUGAUUCCGCAUUUCCAAGACAAUUUUGUACGUAUAUCCCAAUGUUGCAUAUUGUUCACUUAGAAGUGAAUAAGCUCCCUUACAUCUCAGGAUUUAAUGAAUAAGUAGCCAUUAUAAUGUAGAUCUAAUUGAUGCAUUGUAGGGAACUGCUCAUGUACUUAUUUUGGUCCUCUUGAUGGGGACCAGACGACCCUCCAGCUAGGGAAACACUCUGAUUUGUGUUAGUGUAACAGGAGCUUUUGUGAUCAUCUGAAAAUAUUUUGGGAAUCAUUUGGCUGUUUGAAAGGGAAUAUGUUUAUUUUACACCCAAUUGAUAUCACACCUUCAAUUAAUCAAAUAUGUAGCUAUUUAUGAAGUGUUGUAAUCAAAUUUCUGCUAUAGGAAUAAUGAGCUUUAUAUUUAAAUAAUUUUAAUCAAUUAUAUGAAAGUAUUGAGUUUGAUUUAGGGAGUCAAUGAUGUUAUACUCAUUCUUGUCACUGGAUUUGAUAAUGCUAAUAUUAGAGUUACAUCAUUUUCUGUUCUAAUUUGAGACAUAGAAGUCACCUGUUACCAGAUGUCACUUAUUGCUAUCAGGUGCUCUGCCUUGAUUGAGAACCAAGUUGCCUUCACUUAUGUGAAAAGCAGCAAGACAGAGUACUUUAAAAUUUUAUUACAAUAAUCAGACUACAUCUUAAUGAAAAUAGGACAAGAAAAUCUAUUGCUCUUCAUAUUUUUCCAAAACUGCUAAAAAAUCUGGGAACAUAGCAAUUCAGUUUUCGUAUUAACUACCUUCUCUUAAAGCUGCUGCAAAGUGAGUGAAUUCUGGCUCCCAAAAUUUUUUAUAUUUUGUCUGUUAAGUAAUUAAUUUGACUGAGUCACAUUUUCUAGUGGAAAAUUUUCAUAACAUCUAAGAGCAGCCUCCUGUCCAAAAUUUAAUAAGAUUUGCCAGGUCCUGCUGAUACUGAAGAUGUGUCUCUGAGACUAGGGACUAAAUCUCAACUGCUAUAGUAAAGUGGCAGUUACAUGCAUCUGCAUGACAUUGUCCUGAAAGGCACUUUCACUUUGAAAUGUAAGACUAUUUAUAUAAAAUAGUGUCCUGGAAUCAGUAAAGAACCAAACUAGAAGUAGUAAGAUCUCUGAGCUGGGAACACUGAUCUAUAAUAAUGGAACAUUUUAGCAUUAAUAUUCUUUCAAGGGCAAGAGUAACACAAGACAAUUUGUACUUAGGUAAGACUUCAGCAUGAAGUGAUCAUGUUAUGAGGCCCAAUUUCACUUUUCACAGCAGCUUUAAGAAAGAAUACUCAAGGUUGAGUGGUUGUUAACAACAAUGGCUUCUGGUAACAGAUGGCUUUACAAGUCCCUCAUUAGCAUAUCAUGUAGCUCUGUUAUUUGGCUUCACUGAUCAACUCAGCUGUAUUUCAAGUAGCACUUUUAUUUCAAUCACAAUUCAUCCUUGUUGAAAUUGGCACUCCAGUCAUAUGUUUGAAGGGGACAUCAACACCUUCAAAGUAGCUGCAUCGCUACAACUGCAACUUGGAAAUUACUCAUCUGUGCACUGAAGAAUCAUGUAGAUAAUGAACCAUCUGAAACUGCGAGGAAGCAAGCCCGACAAUGGACCUUGCUCAGAGGAACCAGUCUGAUCAUGCAUUAUAAACACAGUCUACACUAUAAGAAGUUCCUUCUGGAGACCUGUGAUAAAUUUCUUGGAUAUCUUUGGAUUUAACAAGAUGUGGGUAUGGACUACAAAUACUGGUGGUUGUGUGUGCCAACUGCUGUCGUGCUACUGUGGAGGGUGGCAUUAAUCAGCAAACAUAAGUCAGUAAUGGUUGGAGCAUUAUCCAAGGUAUGUACCUCUAUAUGACAAAAACAUUUUCAUGAAACUUUAAAGGUCACAGUGAACAAGAAUUUUGAGCCAUGGUUACUUGUGCUCUCUGGAUUUUUUUUUUUGUGGUGCAUAACAAAUUUCUGUGAGCAGAGUACACUGGUGAAGAAAAUUCAGUGUUACUAAAUUCAAUAUUUGCACGACUGACAAAGAUGCUGCUAGAACUUGCCAUCAGUAGCCUGGAUGGGAACGGCACCAGUGGUACCCAGCACAUACGGCAAAUAUUGAAAAUUAAAAAUCAAGAAGGCAGACUCCAGCACAUGAAUGUCUGCUGGUCCGUGCCUGCCACACCAACCUCCUGUUGAAGGACCUCGGGUGUGCCUCGGCAAAUCUCACUUCUCAUUAAACGCUCAUGGAAGUAAGUUGUUUAGUUAUACCUUCUAGUGUGUAUACCUGUACAAAAUAUAAUAGAUGCAAUUUU